CCUCGAUGCGGACAUUUCGCAGAACUGACCUUCUGUGAUAGCUUUUUAGAAACCCUAGGCUUCUUAGCACGAUCGGCAUCCUGACUUUGUUUACUUUCCCGUUAACCUACUAACUAAAUGCCUUCUAGCAAGCAGGACAUCGACCACAAAACAUCGCACGAGAGUAUUACCUUACCUGUGCACGUCGAGUAUCAUGUCCCUCUCUCCUCCCGUGCAUAUACAUGUCCUCGUAGUGGGUGGAGGUCCCGCUGGUAGUUACGCUGCUUCUGUUCUUGCAAGGGAAGGUAUAAGCGUGGCGAUCAUUGAAGCUGCGACGUUUCCAAGAUAUCAUGUUGGGGAAAGCUUGAUUCCUUCUGUCAGGCAUUACCUGAGGUUCAUUGACGCAGAGCAGAAAUUAGUACAGUGUGGGUUCAAACACAAGCCUGGGUCAGCAAUCAAAUUCAAUCAGUUCAAACGAGAAGGCUAUACGGAUUUCGUGGCUUUGGGACAUAGCAAUAGUGCUUGGAAUGUCGUCCGCUCAGAGUUCGAUCUUAUGCUUCUGAACCAUGCGAAAACUUGCAACGCACAUGUUUUUGAGAACACACGGGUCAAGUCCCUCCGCUUUUCGACCUCAGGCUCGGAGCAAGCUAGGCCUAUUGCUGCAGAAUGGGUGCAAGUCUCUGCCAAGGGCGAAGUGGUCACCGGUGUGACAUCGUUUGAAUACUUGGUAGAUGCAACUGGGCGUGCUGGGUUAAUGUCGACAAAAUAUCUUAUCAAUAGACAUUUCAACACUUCCCUCAAAAAUAUAGCCAUUUGGGGUUAUUGGAGUGGCGCCGGUACAUAUGGCAUCGGAACAUCAAGGGAAGGUUCUCCUUGGUUCGAAGCAUUGACAGAUGAAUCAGGUUGGGGAUGGUUUAUACCAUUACACGAUGGUACGACAUCAGUAGGCAUUGUGAUGAAUCAGCAAAAUUAUAACGACCAAUCGAAAACGCUGUUCGGAACUUCACUGGAAAGCCGAUAUCGUUCUUUCCUUCCUCUGGCUCCAAAUCUAUACAAGCUCAUUGGGGAUGGCGUGCUGUCUUCGAAACUGAGCGUGGGUAGCCGUUCUGGUGAAAUGGACCCCAUUGUGCGAUCUGCAUCAGAUUUUAGUUAUUCGGCUCGGGAAUACGCAGGUGUUGGUUUUCGCAUCGCCGGAGACGCAGGCGCUUUCAUCGACCCUUUCUUUUCAUCUGGUGUCCAUCUGGCGCUUACUUCAGCGCUUUCGGCUGCCGCGACGAUAUGCGCAGCCUUGCGCGGUGACUGUGCAGAAGCUGAAGCAGCAGCAUGGCACACGAAAAGGUUCUCGAUGAGCUAUACGAGGUUCCAGGUUGUUGUAUUAAGUGCAUACAAACAAAUUCGAGCACAAAGUACAAGCGUCUUGAAUGAUGUCGGGGAAGAUGGUUAUGAUCGCGCGUUUGCGGCUAUCCGACCAGUUAUCCAGGGUGCAUCUGAUAUGGGUACCCGGCUUUCCGAAGAGGAGUUACAACGGUCGCUCGAUUUCUGCGUGAAACUUUUCAGCCCGACGUCUCCUGAACAGCGUGCAUUGGCCAUCCAGCGUGGUCUGCCACGCGAGUUUCUAGAUGUGACAGCUCCGAUUAUAGAUCCUAUUAUACUGGAGGCUAUCCUGGCUAUCAAUACCGGGGAUAGCAAUCACAAUGGUGUCGAACAGCAAAAGGAAAAUAAUGCGUCCGAGACGAGUUUAGCUGCGAAUCAGGUGAAUGCACGGCGAGUUGUACAUUGCGAGUAUGCCAUCAAUAAUAUGGAAGAAGAGGUAAUAGAUGGUUUCGUUGUCAGAUUACAAAUUGGGAAGUUGGGAUUGAGGAGAGGUUGA